AUGACGAAAAUGGAUCACUGGAGCAUCCCAGUGCCAUUUUACCCCGGUCCUGGGGUGGCCAGUCCAUCUAUUUAUGCCCCAGAUCCGACUACCCUGGCACUUCAAUAUGCCAAAGUACCACCGCCCAUGACUGUCCUCAAUGCAGUCUCGCAUGCCCGUGAAAAAGAGGCAAUAUGGAAAUCUAAAGCUGCGGAUCGAGAGAAGAAGCAGUAUCGCCCUCGAAACCAGAGAUCAAAUCUCUUAGAAGCAAUGAAAGAGAUGCUGUUCCAACAAGACUUCUGGGAAUGGAUCAAUACAGACAAGAUUGAGGGCUACUAUACCAUAUUCAAGUUUCCCGAAUAUCAACCUCCAGAAUCACUCGAAGAGGCCGGAUUCAGCCGACGAUUCCCACAGACCAACUACCCUGAAUCAUUCUGGGCAUUGGUCAAUGACCUUUGGGCUGUUCAGCAAAUCCUGAACGACAUCAUUGACCGUCUCCAGGUCUGCGUGGACCUACAGACUGAUGCGGGAGAAUUUCCACACCACCGCUUGAAGACCCUUCAAGAUGACUACAAGAAACUGCUCAGCAUGAUUGAAGGUAACAUUUCUGGAGAACAGAAUGGCUCACUUGCUUAUCCCGAAAUCGAUACUUCUUCUUUCACUAUGUGGAGUCUUUUCGAGAAUGUCAUGGCAGGACAAAUGUCAGCUCGUAAAAACAUUCAAGAAAUGCAAAAAAGCCGUGUCUCCCGAGACAGUACGCUUCGGAUCCUGAAGCAACAACUGCCACUCCGAGGGAAUGCUCCUCUGCGUCAGCAUUUUGAGGCAGAGGCCAACAAGUUCCAUGACGACGCCAGUGUCAAGGCUUACAAGUUGUUCAAGCUCCAUCAUUUGCAUACUAAUCAGUUCGAGAAGCUGGAUGAGCAUUUGCAGAACAACAUGCGUUGCACUCCAGCUGCUGGUCAGUUGUUCGAGGAGAAUGUCAUGACUUUGCCUGAUGAUCCGAUUUUCUACGGGUUUGCGAUGGAUCCGGCUGUGGAACAACAGCUAGAAUUAAUGGAAAUGGACUGGCACAACACGGACUGCACUCCUGAUGUUGUUACACUUUUCGAUGAGAUUCCACCUCUUUACGAGGAUUCGAUCUGUUAUGGGUAUGGGUUUGCAAUGGACUAG